CUUUGAAAAUACUCAUAUAAUAAGUUUAUUUAACCACUUUCUAGUAGAAUAAAUAUUAUAAAAAUAUGUUAGGAUCUCUCUUUUUUGGCACCACUUAUUCUCUAUCUUCUUGGACGGCUUCUUCUUCUUUUUUCCUCUCUCUCUUCUUUUUUCUUCCUCUCUUCUGUUUCUAUUCUGUCACAGAUUUUUUCAUCUUCUUCUUCCUCCCUCUCUUAUUCAUCUAUUUCUUAUUGUAUGGUAGUCCAAAAAGAACAAAAUCAUACCAGCCAUUUUUACAAAGGGAAUAAAUAAGCUGGAGCUGUGGAGGUGGAGGGGCAAGCUGCAAAGUCGUCGAACCCAGAUCCCGUAGGCUCCGUCUCAGUAUUCUCGCAACCUCCAUCUCAGUACCUUCGCAGCCACCGGUUAAUCACCAAAACCGAGAAAACCAAACCGUUUGACCGGUUAACCGGAGUUGGUGGUUCGGCUCCAGUGCCAGAAAUCUCUCCACCGAAAGCUACGAUUCGGCUUACGGUUUUGGGUAAAACCCGAACCAAACCAAACCGUGCUCAGCCCUAAGCAGGGAGUUGCAAAAGAUGGCGGUCAACGUGAGAGUGAGGGAGUCAAUGAUAGUGAAGCCAGAGGAGGAAACGCCAAAACGGGCACUGUGGAUAUCGGACUUGGAUGUCGUGAUUUCGAGAACUCACGUUGGAAGUGUCUACUUCUACAGGAGGCCAAAUGUUCAAAACGGCGCGCAUCAUCUUCAAAACAACUGUGUUUUGGAUUCGGAGGUGUUCAAGUGCUCCCUUGCCAAGGCCCUCGUGCCCUUCUACCCCGUGGCCGGCCGCCUUAAGCUCAAUGAUGAGGGACGUAUCGAGAUCGAUUGCAAUGCAGAGGGAGUGCUGUUUGUUGUGGCGGAGACUGACUCGGUCCUUGAUGAUUUCGGGGACUUUGCGCCGACUCUUGAGUUCCGGAAGCUCAUUCCUGCCGUUGAUUAUUCCGCUGGGAUAUCCUCUUAUCCCCUCUUGGUCUUACAGGUCACAUACUUCAAAUGUGGUGGAGUGUCACUCGGUGUUGGUCUGGAACAUCGUGUAGCAGAUGGAGUUUCUGGUCUCCACUUUGUAAAUACAUGGUCUGAUAUCGCUCGAGGGUGUGACAUUACAAUUCCACCAUUUAUAGAUAGGACAUUACUUCGUGCCCGAGACCCGCCCCAACCUGCAUUCCAUCACAUUGAAUACCAACCUGAUCCGCCCAUAAAAACCCCUCUGCGGAGCAUAAACGCUGGCAGUGUUGAAAGUACAACUGUCUCCAUUUUUAGAUUGACGCGGGAGCAGCUCAACAUGUUGAAGGCCAAGUCUAAGGAAGAUGGGAACACAAUCGAAUUUAGCACAUUUGAGAUGUUGGCAGGUCAUGUUUGGCGAUGUGCAUCAAAUGCACGCCAACUUCCUGAUGAUCAAGAGACCAAACUACACGUUGCCCUUGACGGAAGGUCCAGACUGGAGCCGCCUCUCCCGCCUGGUUUCUUUGGCAAUGUGGUUUUUGCAGCUGCCCCAAUCGCUGCAGUAGGGAAUCUCAAAUCAAAACCUACAUGGUAUGCUGCAAGGUGUGUGCAUGAUGCUGUGGUGCGAAUGGAUAAUGAUUAUCUUAGAUCAGCACUUGACUAUCUGAAACUUGAGCCUGAUUUGUCGAGCCUUGUUCGAGGGGCUCAUACUUUUAGGUCCCCAAGACUUGGGAUAGCUAGUUGGGCUAGGCUGCCGAUCCAUGAUGCUGACUUUGGUUGGGGUCGACCUAUUUUCAUGGGACCUGGUGGAAUUGGAUAUGAGGGGUUGGCUGUAGUUUUACCUAGUGUAUCAAAUGAUGGGAGUUUAUCAGUGGCCAUUUCUUUGGAAUCUGAACAUAUGAAAUCAUUUUCCAAGUUGUUGUAUGACAUAUAAGGACAUGAAAUGCCUGAAAAAGUAUUUCCGGGCAUUCCAUUUUCUUCUAGUCUAGCUGAUGGGAUGGGAAGCAAGCUAUCUUUUGUUAUUGUGAUGUUUAUUAAAGAACUUAAUCUGUUUUUAUGAAAUAAUGGGAUAUUAUUUCUGUUGCAUAAUGGAUAAUGCAAAGACCAUAUGAAAUUGUUGUGCUUAA